AUGACAAAGAAACUCUCACUACAAGAAAAACAGAAUCGAAAACCGGCCCUGCGAGCAUGCACAUUCUGUCAUGCCAAACAUCUCCAGUGUUCCAACGAAAGACCAUGCAAGAAUUGUGUCAAGCGGAAUAUCAGUGAUCAAUGUACUGAUAUCGUGAGAAAGCGCGUGAAGUAUCUUAUGAAAAGCACUCCUAGAAAGAAGAGGAGGAACACUACACCAUCGACAAGCUCGACUGCUGAACUGACGGAACCUCAUUCCGAACUACCUCUUGAUUCAACCAUACCAUUAAAGAUUGAUCCGGUGAUACAACCACAACUCGAAGCAUUGCCUGAUGUGACGAACCCCAUUCCAGUGAUUGACGAACAACCGAUUAGUCAGCUUGAUUCACGAUCAAGUAAUACCAACCUCAUGUUUUCCGGAAUGGUAGAGGCUACAAAGUACACAAACAGUAUGCUAGACACAACCAACGAUGUGUUGAAUAAACUACUUGAUUCCAAUCUGUACUAUUCUGAAUCUAUGAGUGAGACAUCUUCGCUCCAUCCGUCAUUACGUCCACUGCUGCAACCAGUGUCACAUCCACAACAACAACACUUUUCACAACAACGUCAGGGCUCAUCAUCGACGACAUCACCUCGAUAUGGCAACAAACAUGACAUGUUUAAUUCUAAUUUUUUGAAUGAGGAGUAUUUGAUGCUUGGGGAUAUAAUCACCCAUUCGCACCCGGCUUCCCCCUCCCCGUCAAACACCAGUGCAUCCGAACACACUACCACAAGCGGGAUCUCGCCCUCAAAUCACUAUAUGCAAGGAAUCAAUUUGGAUGCUAUAAAUCAUCCCCGGAAAAAAGUUGUACAAAAAUUAAAGGAUUCUCGACCCUUUAUUGCUUUGGGAUUUUCACAGGAUUCGUCAUUGAGCUUGAAUAAUUUGAACAAUAUGGCAGGCCAGACAGAUAAUUUAUUGGAUAACAAUUUUGAUUCGAGACAGCAUAAUUUUAAUUCCAAUAAUAACCAAAUUUUAUCCAAUCAGACAUUAUCUACGGAAUAUGUAUCACCAUUAAUAACUCACCAUAUAUAUCAAUCUGUGAGUGAUAUUUAUGGCAACAGCGUGAUAAACUUCGACUAUCCCCAAUCAUAUCAUCUGCUCACGUAUUUCUUAAAGAAACGAUUUCUGGGGGCGAACUUGACCUCCGAAGAAAAACAAGAAAAGCGCAAGAAUUUAUUAAUCAUCUUGAAAGUGAUUGCCAGUUAUCGACCUACAUUCAUCUCGGCCCAUAAGUCUUUACUUAAGCCGCAGGAUUUGCUCUUGUUGGAGAUGAGUUUCCAACGAUGUUUAAUGGAUUACGAAAAGUUGAGCCAGUUGAACUCGUCUCCAACGAUAAUCUGGAGAAGAACAGGCGAGAUUGUUAGUAUUACCGAUGAUCUACUCAGCUUGCUAGGCUAUAAUCUCGUGGAUAUUCUUCUGAAACGGACAUUUAUAAUCGAGAUGAUGUAUGACGACGAAUCAAUCGUCAAUUAUUUCCAAUUAUUCAAAUCAGUCGCCGUAGGGAACUUGCAUUCGCGAAUUGUGACGCGUUGUAAAUUGAUGAAGAAUCCCGAAAAGUUUGACACCGACAAUGCCGAAUUCAAUGAGAAUAAUUCGGACCGCUACAUUGAGUUUUGUUCCGUGUGGACUGUCAAACGAGACUUGUUUGAUCUUCCCAUGUUGAUUGUGGGACAAUUCCUUCCGGUAUUGUAUGCCGGUGAUGGAGUACGUAUGUACUAG